CAAGCCCGCCACUCCUGCGGCUCCGAAGUGCUGUGCUCCACCGUCUGCGAGUACGGGUACCAGCUGGGCGCCGACGGAUGCCCCAGCUGUGAGUGCGACGACCCUUGCCAGGAGCUCACGUGCCCCGAGAACUCCACCUGCGUCAUGAGGAAAGACCCCGGCUGUGAGGGCGACGCCUGCUCCGCCACGCCUAUGUGCCUGACCAACGACUCGGAUGACCUGCCCGCCCCCCCCACCACGCCCGCGCCGCCCACCUGCCCCACCGGCCUCUCGCCCUUCACCGUCGGCGGCGUGGUGGCGGAGUGCGACGCCCAUGCCCCGUGCCCCGCCGACCACCAGUGCACGCCCCCGCCCACCGCCGGCGCCCCCUACGCCUGCUGCCCCGUGCCCACCAUUAUCGAGGCCAGCAAGCCCGGCCAGUGUCCGUUCGUGGCGUCCGCAAGCGCCGAGCUGUGCGAGGGUCCGCGCUGCGCCUCCGACGACGAGUGCGGCUCCGUCACCAAGUGCUGCGUCGUCCCCGCAUGCGGCCCCAGGUGCGUCACGCCGCAGCCGCCGCAGAACCUCACCCUCGAAAGCGGACUUCUGCAGGGACCCACCAUGUGCGAAUACCUACGCGACUUGGUUGAGCUGGAGGGCGUGACCUUGGCUGUCCCCACGCCCACCUGCGACGAGAACGGCGCCUACGAACAGGUGCAGUGCAACGCCCUCGGCCAGUGCUGGUGUGUCGACGACUUCGGAACGCAGAUCCCAGGCACUAAGGCAUCAUCCCGCGAGCUGGUUGUGUGCGACCGCGUUCGAGAGGCUCUGACUUGCGGCGAGAUGCUGUGUCGUCUUGGCUGCGACUACGGCUUCGUCUUAGAUAAGGACACGGCUUGUCCACUCUGCCAUUGUCGCGAUCCGUGCCAGAACGUGGAGUGCAGCGGCAGCCACGUGUGCCAGAUGGUAGACAUCCCUUGCGUGGACGGCGUGUGCCCCGCCAUACCCCAGUGCGUGCCCGUGGUGGAGGCCUCGGCUGCCCCUGCGUGCCCCCUGGGCGAGCCCUACACCCUGCCGGAGACCAACGCCACCCUGGCCUGCAGCCCCCGCGCCCGUGCCCUCGAGUGCCCGCAGGGGUACUCCUGCUUCGCCGACGACAGCACCGUAGAGGGCGUCUGCUGCCCCAGCCCUGGCAAGAAGCAAAAAGCCGGCCAGUGCCCCUUCCUGGUGCCAGUGCUGAGCGGCCACUGCGACCUCGAGUGCUCGGACGACUCGCACUGCCGCGGCGACGAGAAGUGCUGCUCCAACGGCUGCGGGACUCAGUGCCAGCAGCCGAUUGUCAUGACGGCCUGCGAGCACCAGCGUAACCUGCUCGAGCACCGCGCCAGGGAAGCCGGAAUACCAGCAGGCCGCGUGUACCUGCCGCAGUGUGAUGACGAGGGCGCCUUCCUGCCUACCCAGUGCCACCCCGCGACCCUGACCUGCUGGUGCGUCGAUACCCAGGGCCAGGAAGUGCCAGGCACCCGCGUCAGCCAGCCUGCCCACCCGAACUGCCAGGAGCCGCUGGUGUGCCCCGCCAUGAACUGCGACCUCGCCUGCCUCCACGGCUACCGCCUCGACGGCUCCGGCUGCCCCGUCUGCGCCUGCCGAGACCCCUGCGAGGAAGUGAGCUGCGCCACGCCCCUCGAGGAGUGCCGCAUCGUCCACGUGGCCUGCGUCGACGAGCCGUGCCCGCCGCUGCCCGUGUGCCUGCCCCGGCUGGAGAACCCCUGUCCUUAUGGCUCGCCCUUGAGAACCAACGAGAGCGUGGUGGAGUGCGGGCCGGAGGGAAGCACCUGCCCCUCGAGCCACAAGUGUCACCUCUCCCCCUUGGGCGAGUACGCACUCUGCUGCCCCAAGCCACGCGAGAUCUGCUACGAGCCCAAGGACGCCGGCUUCUGCGAGGGCGCCAUCAAGCGGUGGUUCUUCAACCCCGAGAGCAACCGGUGCGAGACCUUCCGCUUCGGAGGCUGCAGCGGGAACCUCAACAACUUCGAGAGCCAAGGCGAGUGCGCGGCCACCUGCCCGGUCCUCACGUCGUGCGAGCGGAUGAGGGAGAAGAACCUGAGGAAUGUGGAUAAGAAUAAGAAGCUGAAGUUCAUCCCGAAGUGCCUGAAGGAUACGGGGGCGUGGCUUCCUGAGCAGUGCCUGGAGGAGCUGGGCGUGUGCUGGUGCGUGACCCCCCAGGGCGACCAGGUGCCAGGCUCCCUCACCCGCGGCGCCCCCCAGUGCCAGGGCGCCGCCAGGGCCUCCCGCAGGAUGAGCUUCGACCCCGCGACGCCCACCAAUAUGAUCUGCGAGCCCGGCCAGACCGUACAUGUUUGCGACAAGCAGCUGUGCGAGAACCAGGUGUGCUUCUCGCACCCGCACGCCGUCUGCCGCGUCAACCCCUGCGGCGGGUGUUCCGUGCAGUUCGUGGACGCCUUCAACUCCCCCGUGAACUGCGAGGUGGGCCUGACGGAGUGCCAGAGGGAGCUGCAGAGGGUCCUCAACUCGCCCAUCUUCACCAGGCCCGCGCUGGCCUUCGCCGGCCGCAGGUUCCCGCCCUCCGACGCCGACGACUCGUCCGACAACCGCGUGCACUACGACGUGGACCUGUACCGCAACGUGGACGUGUUCCACUUCCCGAUCGACCAGGCCGUCCCCGUCGACCCCACCUCCGGCGCAGCGCCCUCCGAGGACACGCCCCUCCAGGCGGGCCGUCGCGGAGGCCGCCACAUGAACUUCGAGGAGAGCGACCUCGACAGGAGCCUCACCGUGUCCGGAGACGUCGUGGCUGAGGCGCAGGAGCAUCUGAGGAAGGCCAGGGCGCUGCCGCAGGAGACCGUGCCCGAGUCGCCCCUUGAGGAAUCGAGUCUCGUCGACCCCGAGGACCUGGAGAUGCAUCUGGCCGGCCCCGCCCUCGAGGGAAGCAACUCCUUCGGUCUUGAGGACGACUUCCCUCCCCCGCGCCUCACCCUCGACGACACCUUUGAGGCUGUCCCUACUGAAGAGACGCCCGCCUCCGCCCAGGGCAUGACGGUCCAGGCCCCCGUGUGCGAGGCCGACGGAGGAUACGCCCGUGAGCAGCGAUCGGGCGGCCUGACGUGGUGCGUGGAUGCCAAGGGGCGCCCCAUCCACGAGACGCUCACCCGGGGACACGUGCGCUGCGGACCCAACGGCCAGAUCCUGGAGCAGGUGUCCGUCGGGUUCGUGUGUCCGCGCGGCGCGAGGGCGAGGGUGUGCCGGAGCGAGUGCCUGCGGGCGUCCUGCCACUCGCACCCCGACGCCGUCUGCGUGGCCGACCCUUGCAACGACUGCAGGGUCUCCUUCUACAGCGCCAGCGGCGAGAAGGUGCACUGCGAGGGGCGCUGCUCUCAGCCCCUGGCCAAGGGCAUGUGCCGCGCCUCCUUCAAGCGCUUCUUCUACAACGCCUCGGCCGACCAGUGCCAGGAGUUCAUCUUCGGCGGGUGCCUCGGCAACGACAACAACUUCGUCAGCAUGGAGGAGUGCCGCCAAGAGUGCCAGAACACCGACAUCUGCAGCCAGCCAGUGCAGGCGGGCGUGUGCACGGGCGGCGAGGCGCGCUGGUACUACAACGUGGAGACGCGCAAGUGCGAGCCCUUCCUGUACAGCGGCUGCGGAGGAAACGGGAACAACUUCCGCUCCAAGAACGAGUGCGAGUCGCGCUGCCCAGACCUGGUGCUGUGCCCCUACUGGUCGGCGGCGAGCAUGGAGCCCCAGGAGUGCUCCCGAGCCGAGGCGUGCCGUAAUAGGACGUGCCCCGGCCACCCUCUCGCCUUGUGCCAGGUCGACCCUUGCUCCUGCACCGCCUCCUUCGUGGACGAGUCAGGCCGCCCACUCACCUGCCUGCCGCCCACUUCACCGCCCAAGACUCGUCUCGCUUUCACUUUCGAAGAGGACUCGAGCAGCAGCGACGCCCAGAUGAGCGCCGACGGAGAGGACAACACUGGCUUCGACGUCUCCGGAGGCCUAGGUCCCUCCUCCUCCUCGUUGUCUUCGUCCUCGAAGUUCGAGCGCCACGACGGCAAGGGCGAGAGCGCCUCGGGGAUCAAGGGCGGCCCCGUCACCAUCUACCUGGAGGGCGAGCCGACUCUCACCCGCUGCCAGCUGCUGCAGAGACACCUGCAGGAGAGCAACUCGCAAAAGUAUGUAGCGCAGUGUGACGACGAAGGCAGAUUCAUCCCGACGCAGUGCUACACCGCUGGCCGCCGCUACCUCCAGGAGGAGCACGAGUACCAGGAGCAGGACCUCGAGCAGGAGGACGCCCCCAAAUGCUGGUGCGUCGACGAGACCGGACGCAAGACGCAGCCCACCGUCUACUUCACCAAGGGCGAGAGGGAGUGCGACCUCGUCGCGGUGGAAUCAGUGGUGGUAACGCUCGGGUUCAGAGGUCGCGAGGCCGGCAUGAAGCACCUCGGGAAGGCCAAGGGGCCUCAGAUUCGGGAGCAGGUGAACCACCUCCUGAAGGCGAUGACCGCAGAGACCCUGGAAAACGAGGUCGGCGUCGUUGACCUCCCUGAUCUCACUCAAGUCAAGUUCACGCUGCUUGGGGAAAAUAAGAUCGACAUUGCUUACCAGUUGGAGGAAAAGGUGAAGAACGGCGACCUGGCCCUGCAGCUGGAUGAGAAGCGCCUGCCCGCCGACCUGCGCGCCUCCUGGUUCCACCACCAGGUCUCAGAGCACCGCUGGGAGGCGCCCCUGGAGGUGCGGUCGGGCGCGAGAGAGGUCGUGAGCGAGGCCAUGGCGCUGGAGCCGCCAUACCUCGCCGCCACCGUUAUCUUCACCGUCAUCUCGGCCAUGCUGGUUUGCGGCCUCGUGGUGGCGGUGGUGCUGUACCGCAGACACAAGACGGGGCAGUACCCCAAGGGACCCCGUGGCUCCAUGCAGUCCCUGGCCUUCAGCGACUCGUCCCUCGACCGGCGCAGCACCUCGUCCAGGCUCUCGGACCAGUUCCAGCCGCCGCCCCCUCCUCGGCGCCACCCCACCAUCACCACGGUGGAAAACGAGUACCGAAAUGGCCGACACUAAAUGAUAAAUAAAGGGGAGAAGCAAGGCAAGAAGGAAGGAAAUAAAUGUCAAUUGUAUUUGGGUAAUGAAGGAUGAAAGAAGAGGAAUAGAGAGAGGAAGAGGAACGGUUUGAAUCUGUGAUCCGUGUCCUCCCGUCACAGCGGGGAUGGUUUCUCCAAGUUUCGUUUUCCUUUUCACUGUCCAAUAUUAAACAUAAAUGUAUUUGCACGCCCCAUGUCCAAUGCGACGUAGAAUUUAAUUUUAUAAUCUACUCUAAAUCCAGGCUACAUAGGAGAGUAUUUUUCUCUUCAAUUUCUGAUGGCAUUGGUCACGGGUCGUCUCAUGGAACUUUCCCAUUCCUACGUCAAGUGUCAGGCAUAUCAACAGUAAACAAACACAAGAAGUGAACAUACGUGCAGCGUGAUCCAGUCUCACGAGGAACAGGUGGAAAGCAAACUAAGGGCUGAUUGAUUUUUUUUAGAACAUGUAAGAUCCUUUUCUCAGCUUCGGUUUGACGAUGUUCAUGCACGAUCUUGUAGGAGAUAAUGAGUUUUGUUUUGAUUUUCUAAAAUGGUGACAUUUCUUCGAUAGGCAAACAUAAAUGGGUGUUAACAAGAGGUAACUUCAGUAUUCAUUUCGUGGAUGAUGUUAAACAGCAAUAAUAAGCAACCUAAAAGAAGUCUAGUGUUUUGACAGUAUCGAAUAAACUGCUAUUUCGUUGGCAUGAAGUGUUAUAACAAGACCAGUAUUUUUGUAUGUCCGAACUCUUCAAUGGAAAUGAAUGAAAUUUUUACUUGCCAAUAAAGUAGCCGCGUUUUUGUUUUCAUAGAGUAACACAUGAUGUGAAACAUGUUUCUUGUUACAUACUGUUUUACUUUCCUACGAUGUAAGGUUCUUUCAAGUGUGAUGUUGACAAAAAGGUUCUUUAUACGGCGAUGUCAGUGGCUAAUUGAAUGUGAUAACUCCUUUGACUUUUUAACAAUACAAAGUCGCUCAUUACCUAUCACGGCGACAGAAGACGAAGGCGACGCUGAAAUUUCCCUGUGCUCAAAGAUCCUUGCGUUACCGUUAAUGCCUGAGUGGAAACACCGUCUUUUGGGAAUCUUUUUCAAUUUUCGAUUUCUACCCUGAUUUCGUUCCCUUUCUCCAUCGGAAUGACUUACUAUAUCCACAACCACACAAAAACCUCCCUAGUAUGUUCUUUUAUCAUCUUUAUUUCAAAGUUGCAAUAAUGGCGUUAUUGCCUGUCUAUAACCGAAGGAUUUAGAGGUAAGCGUACUAUUUUCUGUGAUGUCGACAGGGGCCUCGACAGUGAGUUAAAGAUGAAAUCCAAGAUUUGUAUGAAUGCAUCUCGUGUUCUCCCGGAAUUCCUUUGGUUGCCCGAGGAAGCUUUAAGGCUUUGGAUUCGUCGAUGGAAAUCCCUUCAUUCGGUUUAAUUCGGGGAUCUUAGGAGUUAACAGAUUCCUAGAGGAGGAUUAAUACCACUGGAAGCACCAGUAUUGUGUUCAGUUCGCGAUCACGGGAUACGAGAUGCUCAUUUUCUCUCACAAGCAGGUCUCUGUUGACGAUUUCCUUUCAUAAAAAUAAUCGAGAAAAAGAGAAACAAAUCCUUCAGAUUAUUUUGUAUCGAGGCCGUAAGUGGACCAACUAAAACAGCUUGGUUCUGGACACACUGUCUCAGCGUGUGUCCUCGGUAUGUUUCUGUGGCAUUUCCGUAUUGCUCGCUUUACGACAUUGUGUAUCUGUUCGUAGAUUUAGGUAUUUUUCUAGCCAUUUUUAAAACCUAGUUACCUUUUAUGGAAGGUUACGAUUAUAAUAAUUAAUAAUAAUAAUAACUAUAAUAAUAAUAACAAGUAUAUGGUUCCGAUAGAAGUUAGAAGAACAAUAGUGUUUUAGCAAUAAUGAAGCCUGUGUAUCAUAGCACAAUCUUUACAUGUACUAUGCACCCACAAUAUUUUAAUAUGUGCUUACUCGUUUUUCCAAAAGUUUCGUAGGAUUUUACUAUUUGUAGAAGAAUCUGUCGCGUGGACCUUGUUUCACUGCUUUUAGAAGGAUCUUAAUGUGCCCUUUAGACGUCCUCCGUUUCCUCCCAUGAUUUUUGUCCGAAUAAUUUAUAAUGUACUACUACUAGUGUGCUGGUCACAUUUUCAGUUGUCUUUAACUCUUCUUUCUUAUCGCUGUACAUUUUUUUAAAAAUCUUUAAUUGGAUUUUUAUUUUGCUCAUAUUUAUAUUAUCCUUUUUUUAAGUCAGUUUAAUCUUAAGAGAGAGAACAUUCAGUUCCUUUUGGGCAAGUCACACAAGGGAAAGUUUCAAGCCAGAGUUUGAGACGUGGAUGUGGAAUCCUUUUCCUUUUUGAGGUUCUAAUCUUCCGCUCAACGUUGACAAGCCUUCCCUACUGCGUGACUGAGAUAUUCCCCUGCUUUUCAUGGCUCAAGGAAAAAAAUGUCUACCCUCAAGUGUGCCGAAUCAACUCGGGUUGAAUCUGCAUUAUCUUGCUCUGACAAAUCAUAUCAAACCAGACUUGGGGCAUUUCUCCCCCCCACCCCCUCCCCCCAAUUUUCUUUGUCAUUCUAUUUCUCCUCUUCUCUCCCUUCUUUUUAAGGUGUUUUAGACAAGUCUUCCUUCUGCCCUUUCUCUUAAGCUUGUAGUUUCCAGGAUGUAGCGCUUUUAAGGGAUAACUCACAACACUUGACUUUAUGAAUACCAACAGGAAAUGAAUGCAUCUCGCUGUAUAUUUGUAAAUAGGGUGACUGCUUUUGAAUCAUGUUCCACUGUGUAUCACUUGUGUAACAACGCCCUUCAUACUAGGCGUUACUUUGUAUUAUAUGCCUAAGUUAUGUUAAAUAAAUCUACGCCAUACAA